ACUGUUCCUCUCUCAAGGCUCAACCGUCUACACGCCUUCUAGUCAUCUCACCUGAUCAUACACCCAUCAACUCGACAUAUCGGCUUCUCUCUCAAAACCGCCAACAUGCCUGCACCUGGCUACCGACCCCCCACAAACCCCACUUUCCACUGUGACCUCUGCAACAAAGGCUACACGUACCAGAAUGACUACGAAAACCAUCUCAGCUCCUACGACCACUCCCACAACGUGCGCCGCGCCGACUUGAAGAAAAAUAGAGACCCCCGAGCGGCUGAGAAAGCAGAAAUCGCUGAGCGCAAGGCAAAGAAGCAACAGGCUCGACUUCUGGCAAAGGUGAAGCCCAUUAUCGUUACAAGCACUGGGAGCGGCUUCACGAAGAUCCAGGAUCUGGCGAAGCAGGCUGAGGCUGAGAAGAGCGAGAUGGAGGAUGUAAAGAUUGCGGAUAGGGAUGCACCGACGGUGGGAGUGGGAUUCACGGGGUUCAAGAUCCAGGAUCCAGCGAAGCAGGCCGAGGCCGAAAAGGAGAAGAUGGAGAAUGUGAAGAUUGCGGAUAAGGAUGCGCCGAUGGCGGGGUUCACGAAGAUCCAGCUUCCGGCAAAGCAAUCUGAGGCGAGAAAUGACACGCAUGACAAGAACGCACUCAAGAAGCGCCCCGAGGCCGAGGUCGAGCGCAACGAAGAUGUAGCGAGGAAGCUAGUCUAUAACAUCGAUGGGGACGACAUGAACGCCAUGGUUGCUAGAGAGAGCCGUGAGAAGAUGGGCGAUGUGGAGAUGGAGGAGGACGGCAAUGCGAGCGAGAAUGAUAACUUCGGGUACGAGUAUUAUGACCCGAGGUAUCCAACGGAGUGUCGGCAAGAUUGCGAGGGGCGGUUUGAUAAGUUGAAGGCUUGAGGGGAAAGGUGUGAGUUGCGGUCUUGGAAGCAUUGGACUGGCGUUUUGGUAUACCACUGGAUUCCUCCUUCACGAGCAUAUGAUGGGCAACUUACACUUGCACACGGACAUCUGGACGAAAAUGAAGGCAGGA